GGACGUGUGUGGCUUUUGAGGGCAAAAAAAAAAAGUGGCAUCCGCGUGAGGAAGGCGAGCCUCCUGCAGAUCAUCAGCUUCUUUGGACUUGAACCGGCAGCUCUGUGAGUCGCUCUGCUGAAUCGGAUUGUGAUUCUUCAAGCCUGGAUUCAACCAUGACUGCAAACCUUUGGAUUUACCAGGUUUUGCUCUGCGGUCUGGUCAUUUUUCUGGAUACAGGGUGCUGUCGAAACCCUCGCCGCCAGUCUUUACAGAAGUAUGAAAAGAGCGAAGGCCACAUGCUGGUUUGCUCUGACUGUUCUCAGACUGCAGUGAUACAAAAGAGCCGCUCACAGGAACACUGUGCAAGAAAGUGCAGGAAGAAAAACUUCAACUGCAGAGCCUUCAACUUUCAAAGGCACAACAGGAAAUGCCACUUGCUUCCUUUUGACCGUUUCACCCACGGUGUGCAGAAGCAGGCCAACAUCAACUUCACUCUGUACGAAAAAAAAGAAUACAUCAGAGAGUGUAUCAGUGGCACAAAGGAUAACUACAGAGGGAGGAGGUUUUGGACAAAGUCAAACAUCACCUGCCAAGCUUGGUCUGAUAAUAACAUCAAUGAGCACACGUUUUAUCCAGACAGGUACCCAACACAAGACCUGAGGAAAAACUUCUGCCGGAAUCCCAACAACGAUCCUGGUGGACCGUGGUGCUACACCACAGACCCUAAUGUACGAGCUGAGGAGUGUGGCAUUCCACAAUGUUCUCAGGAGGUUUGUAUGAGCUGUAAUGGAGAGGAUUAUCGGGGUAAAGUGGACCAAACAGAAAGUGGCAAAGAGUGCCAGAGAUGGGACUCUAAAUGGCCUCAUGUACACCCGUUCCAACCCAAGAAGUAUCGAGAUAAAGACUUGAGAGACAACUAUUGCCGUAACCCUGAUAAUCGUCUGCGGCCCUGGUGCUACACCAUGGAUCCCAAAACUCCAUGGGAGUACUGCAACAUCACAGUGUGUGACUUAGACCCCAACGAGGACACGGAUGUCAACACAACGGUGUCCUGCAUCCAGGGGGAUGGCACAAAUUACAGAGGAACGAUGAAUAUCACCCCAGAGGGUGUGACAUGUCAGCGUUGGGACUCCCAGUUCCCUCAUAAUCACUCUUUUCUUCCUGUAAACUUCAAAUGCAACCGAUGUGUUUGUUACAGAGACCUGAGAGAAAACUACUGCCGCAACCCUGAUGGGGCAGAUUACCCAUGGUGCUUCACCACAGACCCCAAUCAGAGGAUUGCCAAGUGCACUCAUGUCCCCAGGUGUGAUGCAGACGCUACACCAAAAAUAGAAUGUUAUGAAGACAAUGGAGAGAUGUACCGGGGAACCUUAUCAACAACUCGAUCUGGAAUUCCCUGUGCGGAUUGGUCACCUCAUCUAAACAGUGGGGAUUCUCACUCUACAAUAUCCCACGUAGGGCUGGAGAAGAACUACUGCCGGAAUCCAGACCGAGACAAACAUGGCCCCUGGUGUUACACGAGUCCAAAUAACCGCCUGGUCUGGGACUACUGCAAGCUGAAGCAAUGUGAAUCAGCAACAGUGGCUCCUCAACUAAACAAUCUAACUAGGCCCAGGAUAUCAUGCUUUGUGCAUAUAAACACCAGAAUAGUUGGAGGACAUGAAGUACAGGCUACAGACGGCAGCUGGGUUGUAAGCAUCCAAAGAAAGAAGGUUCAUUUGUGUGGUGGCUCACUGAUCAGAGAGGACUGGGUUUUGACCGACCAGCAGUGCUUUACAUCCUGUGUUCCAGAUCUCAGGGAUUACAGCGUCCAAGUGGGCCUUCUUCACCUUAACGAAUCUUCGAAGCGUCCCAGAUUGCAGAUCUCUCGUCUGAUCUGCGGCCCAGAGGGAUCCAAUCUGGUUAUGUUGAAACUAGAGAGUCCCGCUCCCGUAUCAGAGGGUGCAUCAACCAUCCAUCUCCCGGUAAAAGAAUGUCACAUCGCUGAAGGCACCAACUGCACCAUGUACGGAUGGGGGGAAACAAAAAAUACAGGACCUGAGGAAACUCUAAACUCUGUGACUAUGCCAAUGGUUGACAAUGACAUGUGCUCACUAAUCAAAGGAGAUGCCGGAGAGAACAGGAUAUGUGCCGGUGGCAACAUAGGUGAAGGUGUAUGUGAUAGGGACUACGGUGGCCCGUUGGUUUGCCAGAAGCAUGAUCGAAAAGUUAUCAUCGGUGUGAGCAUCCCGAGGACAAAAUGUGCCUCCUCUCAGCCUGCUCUGUUUGUUAAUGUUGCUUUCUACUCGGAGUGGAUUUAUAAAGUGUUUAAACUAUACCCCAGUCUGCAGAGGAACUGACACCUUAGGGUGGGACAGACGUUUAACGUAUAGUAGGCGAGGCUGCCAAAGCAAUGAGAGUUUUUUCCAACCUGGAGUAGGAAUGAGGAAAAGCCACCUUUGGGAGAGUCACCACUUUUUUGGAGGACUUAAAAGACAGAAUGUGACUGUGUUAAAAAACUCGAAGAUCUGUUUUCAUUUAGGCAACAGUAGUCUUUGGCACAUGGACAGCGAAUGUUAAUGUCCCAACAUGUUCAGAUUUGCCGAAGCCUUUUGCAGACAAAGGAAAAAGCAAAAGACAUUUGAGUCAAAUCUGAGAGUAUUUCCUGGAAUGUACUUGAAACUGGUCUCUUUGACUGGCAUUUCUUUCAAUUUGUUUAGCUGGGCUACAAAUUGUUGUUUUUCUUUUAUAUUAUUGUUGUUUUUUAUCUCUCUUUUUUAACUUUAAAAAUCUUUUAUUGGAGGAAAAAACAAUAUUGAGAGUCCAAAGUGCCACAAUUUACAAAAUAGAUAACCUGUCAAAUAGGUUUAAUGUGACAGUUUGAAAUUAAAUUAAUUAAAUAGAAUCUAUCAAGACAUGUCAAAUAAAUAUGUGAUAAUUAAAAUCAGAGUAGAAAUAUGUUGUGUAAGAAAAUAAAGAAAUACAUCUAAAACUUAGAUGUUUAAAUCUUUAAUAAAAUAUCCAAUUGGGUAGCUUUAGUUAAACAAAUAUAAACAUUUAAAAUUAUUUUGUUGCCUCAUAGAUCUGUUUGGGAGAAAAUUAUUUUUUAAGUUUUCUUUACCUGUCAAAGGUAACUAUGUGAGUUAGGCCUGUUGUAGACGAUAUGAUUGGUCUGCCUUUAAACUGCUGAAUAAAACCAAUCAGAUGUGAACAAACAGAUUCAAAAUGUUUUAUGAGGAAUUUAACAUAUUAAAUAAUUCA